GAUGACACAAGUAUGCAUAGCUGUUGCGAUUCUCUAUUAUUUGCCCAUUGUUUUUCCAUUUCUUCGUCUUCUCCGUAACAAGCUCUUUGAGAAUCCUCCCCGCAGUUAAGUUGUUCGAAAGCAGGAACGUGACGCUGCUAUACCGCAGUCCGUUUUGACGUCAAAAGAAAGGCUUUUCCAAGCGCGUGUCGUCCGUCAAAGACUCGUGGCUCACACCUGGCGAAACAUCUACAGUCGAUUUGAAAAUUGUGGUUCAGACUCGCUGAAUACGUCGGAGGCACGUAAAAGAUUCUCUUUGCUUUGAACGCCUGCAUUUGGUUGAUGCGAUCAACGCGAUCUGCGUUUUUACCCCACUCUCCUUUAUGCCGUCUCCCUGCUUUCUACGUUGAGGUUUCUCUUUCUUUCAUAGUUGCCGUUUCUUUCCUUCUUCGUUGGUUUUCGAAGUUUACUUCUCCGGUAUUGUAUUAUCAUUUUCAUAGACCCACUUAACAAGCCUGCAUUCGCCACCAUUAACGCACGCAGACGGAGCUACCUGCAAGCACCGUGAAGCGGCACGACUUUUCAUUGUUUUUUCCCCCUUUUGGUUGUUCACUUACACACACACACGCAGACACACGUCUGUUUCGGGCUCCUCUGCUGAAUACACUGUUCAGAGAACCGCUGCAUACUGGCGUAUCACGACGACAACGAUUACGAUUUCCGUUUCUUUUUCACUGUAUUGCUAUCUCUUGCCUCUUCAUUAGUUGUGGCCCUGCUCGAAGUUGACGUGCAGCGGACCGUGUUUUGUUCCGCUCUCCCAAUUGGAAAAAUAGAAAAAGAAAAGCCGACAAAGUUUUCUUUUGGAAGCGUUGAAGAAGGCAACGACGUUCGAACUCAGCGUUUUUUUUUUCUUCUUCUGUUCUUUUUUUUGUUAAGUCUCGCAUCGUUUUUCUGCUUAUCGUUGAAGUAUUAUUCGUACCUUCUCCAACAUAUUGGUCAGUUUGUACACACGAGCAAAAGAACUUUCGCCUCCCUCUCUCUCGGGCGAACUUUUUUCGGAGAGCACAUUUCCAUCGGUAAGAAGUGGAGACGAACUACUUAAAAAGUCCAUAUUUAAUAAGCGGAACAACUCUUUCCCGUAUCACUGUUAUUUCGCCUCGUUAACGUUUCCUGUGUCUUCCCUUUUUCUUUUGCAAUACUGCUGCAGUGGCUGUUGUUAUCGUUGUAGAAUUCUAGCGUUUCUGCUGUCUUUCACCUCCUUUUUUCGCACGACGCAGUUGAGACUUCCUUGCCGUGCAGCGAGAGCGAUACUGAGGAUAAGCCGUUGCUGUAGAGCUGAACAGUUUUAUUGCCACACCACGUCCGCUGCACAAAAAAAUUUAACGGAAAAAGAUAGGAAAAGGGAAGGAAAAUAUAAUGUCGUCGUCUGUGCAGAGCUCCACAGCCGCAAGCCGGCCUCGACUUGCAAUGGCGCAUGCCGCGGCGCGUCCGCCGUGUUCCUCGCAAAGGUCGUCUAUUGCGCAAUCACCACCGCUAUCACCACCACCAACAACAAUGCAAAACCCGCCUAAAAUGGUGCACAAACAGCACCACGCGCAGCAGCAGCAGCAGCAGCAGCAGCGCCGUUCCUCGCCGGCGUUGACGCGGCAAGAAAUCGAAGCGGCGGUGCAGGACCGUGUCAAGCGCACCGCACCGUACAUCAAACCAGGCGCUGUCGUUGUGUACGAGUUCCUUGAUGAGGCGCAGGAAUGGCACUGGUCGCUGGGAACGGUGCAGAGGGCCAACCCACACGUCGUAACGCUCGCAGAGUGGAGCUGCGAAUUUGAUGGCCUGGACAAGAGUGUGAUGGCGACUUUGGGCAAGGAGGAGGCGCGUAUCCGGCGGGAAAUGGAAGACCACCAGGCUACCAUUCUUGCCCUCCGCUCAGAGUUGGGUGCGGUGCGCACGCACAACGAAUCGGAGAUGAACGCUGCCCGUGACGCGAUUGAGGAACGCCGCCGCGGGAUGGAAGCCACGACGGACGCUCUAGACCGGUGUGCUCAACGCGGGGUGGCCCUGCGCCUCAAUUGCGGUAUUGACGAGGAUGACGUCCUGGCGGCUGUCCUGCGCGCUGCGUUGAGUAUUGUGGAGGAUUACGUCCCAGUUGAGCCGCUGCCGUGGGACGUGAUCUGGGCGACCGUCUGCGAUCCCGUCUUUCUGCAGCGCUGCGUCAACUACGACGCUGGCUAUGACAUGAGUGUGGAACAGAGGGACGACAUCGUGGCAUGCUACGUGGACUCGCAGCUCAUCACGGAGGCGAAGGUGCGCCGGGCAGCUGCGCAGAUGGCGAUGAAGUCGCCUGACUUAAACGAGGUGCUGUGCGCCACCGCCAGCUGGGUUUUUACGCAACUCUCUGCGUUUCGCGUCUACCAGAAGUGCGCCAGUACCCAGUCCUACGCGGACGAACUACAGCAGCAGCUCACGCACCACGUCAACAGCUUGAAGGAAGGGAUCAGGAAGCUGCGCCAGGUUCAGGCACAGCUGCGCGUGCCGAGCGGAGUACCCGGGGACCCGUCCGGAACUUCGUCGACACCUGGCGCCGACACCCACUACACCUUUGUACCGCUGGAGGACUCCACAAUAGAAGUUUUGCGGUGCGCCGUCAUCUGCCCCCUGCCCACUUCGAGCCCAGUGCAGAAAGCAGCGUCGAGCCCGGCCCUGGAAGAAAGCACACCACCAUCCGUGAAGGGAGACGGCUCCUCACGAUCGAGUUCGGCGCCGCCGCUGAAGGGCAGUAGAAACGGAAACCGCACCGGCACCGCCCACGCCCACGCAGCCCCUUCACCGUCGCCAGAGGUCAUUGUGCUCGAUCAAGAGGAAUUGGACGAGAUCGUCAGCCGCGCCACUCAAGACCGCCCACAACUGUUAAAGGCGCUGGACGACUUGCAGCGAGAAUGCGGACGUCUGGAGCGGGAGUUGGCAUUCGUGAAGUCGUUCACCAAGGAGGCGGCCAUACCCCCCGCCGCUUCGCUGCGUAGCGCCACCGCACCCUCGUCCAGGGCGUCGCUUGUGGAGCGUCCGCCGUCGCAGAUGGCGCCAGACGCGGGACACAACGGACGACCGUAUCGCAUUCGCCCAUCUGCUAACGACGACGACUCGGACGGCAGCGACGAAGAGGCGGACACGCGCGCUUUACAGAACGUGCUUCUCGGACUCCACCGCGAUCUGCAAGGAGCGCGCCGCGAAAACGAGCAGUUGAAGCGCUCGCUGGAGCGAGAAGCCCACAAGCACAAAGCCGAGGCGGCAGAACUGGGCCGGCAGCUGCACGCGGUGCGUGCCGAGCACGAAGAUGCAUUGGGUAGGCUGGCUGACGCUAAAAUUCACUGCGAGGCGUUGCAGGCGGAGAACGACGACCUCGAGAAAAGUGUAGCCGACUUGACGGAUCGCAUCCACGCGCACGAGAAGGAGCUGCAGAACGACCCUGGUGAUAUCCGAAGUGCGUCAAAAUCCACCAAGCGUACCGACCCCGACGAGGUAAACGCCACCCCUGCGCCCUCUGAAGUGGACGCGGUUGCAGAUCCCGAUGCGAUGCUUGCAGAAGGCAAGGUACCAUCUCCUGGGCACGACGCAGCGACCGCGCAACCGGCAUGCGUGACGCACCACCGCAAGCACCUCGACGGCGACGGAUGGCCCGAUGCAGUGCGGCACCACCCCGACAGGAUGCAAGCCGCGGUAGCUGUAGAUGCUGCCAACGCGUGUCGUGUGUUGAACGAUGCAAUUACGCACGUGCAAUUCUCGCCAUACGGCUGCACCGCUGAGUUCGACGUUUCUCACGCGCCUGAAAUAGCGCAGCGCACCCUCGAUGAGAAGAUCGAGCAGCGCCCCUUCGACGAAUGUGCGCGUGUGUUGUGUGACGACGAGGAGCAUCGCUCGGCAAAAGAUUUGCUGCACCACCUUGAGGAACGCGAUGCUACAAUACGGGAUUUAGAGCAGCACCUGGAGGAGCUGAAGGCACAGCUCGCUCAACUGAGCGCCGCCGACAACCCUGUUGAGGCCACGAAAGCGGCGGAGCCACCUUCUUCCUUGCCCGAUGCGACAGCUCUCCAAGAAGAACUCGACCACGCACGCCAGGCAAAUGCGUUUCUUCAGGCCAGUGUCGACGAACUCGCUGACAAGCUGCAGGCUGCUAGGGACGAAAAUGCCGACCUUGUGGAUUCGAACAACGCCGUCGUCGCGGAGCUGCGUCAACAGGUGGCAGACACUCAAGAUCAACUCAGCGACGCUGCUCGCUGUCAGCAAAGUAGCGACGCUGAGAUUGCCGACCUGAAGCAGCAGCUGGAGGAGGGUGGUGCCACCGAUCCAGAGCCCCCAAGACACGUCGGCUGUGAUUCAUCAUUCGCGAAAGAGGGUGAAGACUCUUCCCAUGUUCCAUUGGGCCCACAACAGCAUCCCGCGAACACGACUGCAGCAGCAUUGGAUGACCCGCCAGUUGGUGCCGCGAGUGUUGCAGCGUUGCAGCAGAAGUUGGAAGAGGAAGCGGCGACAAACGCUUCCCUCCAGAAAGCGAUGCAGGAUGCUGUGAAAGACAACGCAGAGCUGCGCAACAUAGCAGCGGCAGCCCAAAUUGGCCGAGAGGCCAUCGAGGCCGAAUGCGCCGACCUGCAGAAGAAGCUUCACGACUGCGAGGCGCCACAUUCGCCUUCUGCUCGUGAUCUCGGCCAGCCGGCAGCUGCCAGCAUCAGCAUUGCUGAGAUGAACAAGGGCGACACGGAAGAAGUGCUGCAACAAUUGGCUGCUGCUCAGCAGCGCAAUGCUAAGAAGGAUGCUGAGAUCGCGGACCUGCGCGACCAGCUCGCAGACGCGGAGCAGCGUGCGAAAGAUGCCGAGGACGCGAAGGCUGCGGAGGGCUCCGACAAGGACGCCGAGAUCGCGGACCUGCGCGACCAGCUCGCGGACGCGGAGCAGCGUGCGAAAGAUGCCGAGGACGCGAAGGCUGCGGAGGGCUCCGACAAGGACGCCGAGAUCGCGGACCUGCGCGACCAGCUCGCGGACGCGGAGCAGCGUGCGAAAGAUGCCGAGGACGCGAAGGCCGCGGAGGGCUCCGACAAGGACGCCGAGAUCGCGGACCUGCGCGACCAGCUGGCCAAUGCUGCGGUGCGGGGAAAUGUAGCCGACGCGUAUGAGGACCGCAUUGGUGCGUUGACGGUGGAACUUGAGGCGAUGUCAGCGGAGUGUACAGACACCCUGGAGAAGCUGGAGGAGUGUAUGGCGCUGCUGGAGGAAUCGAGACAAGGUGAGGCUGAGCUGCGAGAGCGGUUAAUGAGCAAAGAGGAUGAGGUGUUCAAACUGAAGUGUCAGCUUGAUUUCGCCCAGAAGGAGCUCGUGGAAAGUGAAGCGAGGAUGGCGGCUCAGGGGCCUGCCGUCGAUCCCCAGGUUUUGUCGGCGCUUGAAGACGAAGUCGCGGUGCUUAGAGUAGACAAGGACGAGCUAGAGGACGCGUUUGCACGACGUAACGAGGAGCACCAGCUGGAGGUGGACGCCCUCAACGACAAGGUGGACGAGCUAACGGCCGAGUUGGAAGACAAGGGUGAGGAUUACGCCAACACGUUGGAGAAACUGGAGGAGUUUGUGGGGCUUUUAGAGACUGCGCGGGCUAGUGAACGUGCCGCGCUGCAGUCCUUGGACGACACAGAGCACGAGUUGGGUGUGCAGCAAGCACAGCACGACGACGAGAUGGCUGCAACUCACCGCAUUAUUGAUGGACUGCGACGCGAACGGAACGACCUGCAGCGACAGUUGAGUGAGCGUGUCGGCGGAGCGUCGCUGGAACCACUUCGGGGGGAGCGCACAGAGGUCCGUUCUCCUCAAAGCGCAACCUUGGGCGGCGAUGAAGAUGAGGGGACAGCUACCUCGGGCACCCUCCGCAGCGCGAUGCAGGCCACACGAGGCAGCAGCUCGACGAUGCGUGAACAAUUGGAGCAGCUCAAACGGGAGAAGGAAGCUCUCUUGUCAGAGUUGGCGAUGAGGGAUGCGGACUAG